CAAGUAAAAAGAGAGAGAGUCACUUUUUCAGAUAGAAUAACAGAGAAGGUGCAAAAGCAAACUCAACCACACACUGAGAAGACAAGAGGAGCAAGAGACUGUGCAAUUGUCAUUGAAUCUGACGAGGAGACUGAUGGAAAAUUUUCCUGCGUGGUUAAAGUAAACGCAGUAGCAGCAAAGGGGAAAGGGAACAACAAACCAAAAAUUACAAAUGAGGCAAUUCACGUCAGCCAAAUGGAGGGAGCUAAGUUGGCUGCUAAAGAUGGACAGGUAGCAUUGAGGAGAAGUGCAAGGAAGAGACUCCCUAACCAAAUGAUGGCUGAUUAUGUCUGUAAAGGGCAUAAGAAAAAGAGUCAUAGAAAAAAGGGAACGUUUGAUGUGUAAAAGUCAUUAUCUCUGAGCUUUCUUCUACUUAUUUUCCAACAACUUAGUUCUUAGAGACAUAGAUGAUAGAACUGCAUUCUGCAGGUUUCUGUAAUUAUUACCAAUGUUGAACACAGAGAAUCUACUUGUGUGUGUGCUGUGUCUGUUACACAUUGUUAAAAAGUAAUACUGAUUUUUCAUAUGCUCAUCAA